CUUUUGUUUAGCCGAAACUUCCUCUAGAUUCUUGACCUUACCCCAAAGUCAAACUAUAGCGGAGGGAGAUUUUGUUGAUUUCAAUUGUCAUGCCACGCCCACGAGGGGCCUGAUAUAUUCAUGGACUUUAAAUGGCCACUUAUUAAGCAACUCUUCACGCAUUUAUCAGAAUGGUUCUGAUUUACAUGUCGAUUCGGUUAGUCGGGAUAGUGAUGCUGGUGAUUAUGUUUGUAUUGCCACAAAUGUGGCAAGUGGUGCCCGACAGGCCUCACCUCCAGCACGUUUAAGCAUCAUAUGGAUCCAAUCGGCUUCCGUACAACUGUUAAGCAAUCGUCCUCAUGAAGUUAUACUUAAGUGCCAUGUAGAAGCCUCCUCAGGUGAUGGUCUACUCGAAAUCGAAUGGUUUCGCAAUAGCGAAAAACUUAGUUCUUUAAAAAAUAUAGAAUUGCAAGAAAAUCGCCUCGUCAUACACAAUCCCAGUAAUUUAGAUGCUGGCCUUUAUCGUUGUAUAGCCGCCAAUGCUGCUGGACGUGUUAUCAGUCGUAAAGGUUAUAUAUUAAAAUGGGCCUCGGCAAAAUCGGAACAUACCGAAUCUUCACGCAAUUGUAUACCAAGACUUAAGAAAAACUAUAUUAUGCCGGAAAGUAUGAAAAAUAUGUUUCUUUGUCGCGACAAACGAGGAGGAGAUGAUGAUAAAUUACCCCAAGCUGAGGUGAAAAUUACUCAAGGUCCUGCCAAAAAAGUAGUAGUAAAAGAGAAUGAUGCUGCCGAAUUAACUUGUGCCUAUAGCAAUUCACAAAAACAAGCCUCCGAUGUUAUACUCAAAUGGCACAAAGAUGGUAAAUUCUUUCGACAAAUUAAUGUGGCCGGAGAGGCAAAUGAUCAACGUUUAGUAGAAUCCAAUAAGGAUCCCAUGUUACGCGAAGAUGUUCGUGUCUCGAUAGCCAAGGAGAAUGGCUCCUUAAUAUUUACCAGUGUUAUUGCGAGUGAUGCUGGCCAAUAUGUGUGUCAAAUCGUUGUAGAAGGCUAUCGUCCCACCACUUCUGAGCCGGGUGAAUUGCAAGUCAUUGAACAAUUGAAAUUCAUGCCACAACCUACUUCGAAGAAUCUCGAAUUGGGUUCGGUGGGCAAAGUACAUUGUAAGGCACAGGGAACACCAGCACCACAAGUUAAAUGGCUUAAGGAUUUCAAUGAAGACUUACCCGAUUCUCUAGAGGACAUAAAUGGUACUUUAACCUUUAAAAAUGUGUCAGCUGAGCAUCGCGGCAACUACACCUGUAUGGCUUCAAGUAGUCAAGGACAAAUUAAUGCCACCGUUAGCAUAAAUGUAGUGGUGGCUCCACGUUUUCUGGUCGCUCCUGAAGGACCUAUCGAAAGUGCUGAAUCUGGUGUGGCUAUUAUGCAUUGUCAGGCCACGGGAGAUCCCAAACCCACCAUACAAUGGGAUAAAGAUUUGGAGUAUUUAAGUGAGAAUAAUACGGAUAGGGAGAGAUUUAGAUUUUUAGAGAAUGGCACCUUGGAAAUACGUAAUGUACAGAUGGAAGAUGAGGGUAGUUAUGGUUGUACUAUUGGCAAUAGUGCGGGUCUGAAGAGAGAGGAAGUGAGAUUUAUAGUGAAACCUGCCGAUGGCUUUCCUUUGGGCGAAGGAGAACAGGAGGGUUUUCUUAUUACUCGCGCCGUUUUAAUCACCAUGUCGGUAGCCUUUGCUUAUAUAAUCUUGGUAGUGGGUCUGAUGAUUUGGUGCCGCUAUAGACGUCAGGCUCGCAAAGCCCGUCUUAAUGAAGCCAAUCCUGAAGCUGGUGAGGGUGAUAAGUUAGCUGAGAAUGAACCCUGUUUAUCGGAGAACAAAAGUGCCAAAACACGUAAAGCAAAUGGCAACAAUAAUCCAAAGGGUAACGUUGGACAUGAUGCCCAAAAAUCUGAUGAUACCGCCUGCAGUAAUCAUUCAAAAACUUCCAAAAAGUCCAAUGUCUAUGAUCAAUUAAGUUUUCCUCGCUCGGGUAUAAGUGAACUGCUACAAGUGGGUCGCGGUGAAUUCGGCGAUGUAUUUGUGGGUAAAAUUAAAACCUCACUCAUCAAACAGACCGAUGACAAAGACACCGAUACUGAGAAAAAUAGUAACAGUGAUAAUGGCAAUGGUUCAGCAGCAACCACUUCUACUACAGUGGAAAAGAGAAGAUCCAAAACUUCCAUGGAUGAUAUAGAAGAAAUCAAAGAAGAACAGGAAACCUGCAGCAGUGAAGGAGAUGCUCAGGGUAAUGCCAAUUCAGAUGAAUAUAAAUUAGUUAUGGUGAAGGCUUUAAAUAAGGUAAAGGAUGAAAAUGCUUGCCAAGAGUUUAGGCGACAAAUCGAAAUGUUCCGCACUUUAACGCACAAGGGAGUAGUGCGUUUAUAUGGUUUGUGUCGCGAAAAGGAUCCUCACUAUAUGGUUUUGGAAUACACUGAUUGGGGUGAUCUCAAGCAAUUUUUAUUGGCCACCGCUGGCAAAGUCAAUACUUCCACAAAUUCCUCCUCACCACCACCACUACAGACUGGGCAGGUCUUGGCUGUUGCUUAUCAAAUAGCCAGAGGCAUGGAUGCUAUAUAUAGAGCAAGGUUUAUACACAAAGACUUGGCCACCCGUAAUUGUAUUAUUUCCAGUGAUUUCAUCGUUAAGGUUUCAUAUCCCGCUCUCAGUAAAGACAAAUAUAACCGUGAAUAUUUCAAACAUCGCAACACCCUACUGCCCAUAAGAUGGUUGGCACCCGAAUGCAUACAAGAAGAUGAAUAUACCACCAAAAGUGAUAUUUAUGCUUUCGGUGUAGUAGUAUGGGAACUAUUUACACAGGCCACUAAAUUACCCUUCGAAGAUGUAAGCAAUGAAGAAGUGAUACAACGAAGUCAGGCGGGUAAAUUGGAAUGGCAGUGUGCUGAGAAUACACCCGAUAGUCUUAAGGAAAUAUUGACCACUUGCUGGAAUGUUAAUCCCAAGGAAAGACCCUCAUUUAGUCAAUUGGGUUCGGCUUUAAGUAAAGCCAUACAAAGUCUGGAUAAAUAAAACAACAACAGAAAUGAGUGAGAUAUAGUAUUUUAUUUCGAAUAAUUUGCAUUUAUUUUAAAUUUAGUGAAAGAAAGAAAACAAAAAGCCAAAAAUUUUACUUAAGUUUUACUGCCUCAUUAACAUAAACGAAUAAAUUUAUACAUAAUAUUAAAAUAUAUAUUAAACAUAUAAACAUAACUAUAUAUAUAGAAGUAGUAUAUAAAUGAAUAAAUAUUAUUUAUUAUAAUUAAGACAAGACAAUUUUGAAGGUUGGUAACACAUAUAUCUAGAACUUCCUUCAUGGGAUUCCAUUUUUUUAUAAAGAUUUCAUACGAUUUCAUUAUUUCCUCACGACUGUUUAAUAUAUAUUUAUAUAAUAAUGUUUUCAUAGAUAUUUUCUUACAGUGUAUAAUAUAUAUUUAGCAUUUAAUUAAUAUAAACAAUAAAAAAAAAUCAGAAUCGUGUUUAACACUUUUCACUUUCUUGAUAUAAAAUUAAAAUAUUUUGUGUUUAAAAGUUUAAAUAAACAUUAAACAAAUAGAAAACUAAACUGAAGGGCAACAUUUUAAUUGAAAAAUUUGCCACACAAAACGGCAACAUUUUGCAAAAAGUCAACAUUUUCUAUUGUUAAGAGAAAUUUAUAAUAAAAACCAAGUACUCAUUAAAAUAAUUUAAAGAAAAACACACAAAAUAACUUCUUAGAAACUUGCAAAAUACAGCCGCCAUUAAAACUUUGUAAAUAAAAUGGUUGAGAUACACUUAAAGAAAAAACUUAAGCUAAACAAAGCGGCCAUACAAUUCAUACCAGUUAAAGCAUUUAUAGUAUUUUUAAAUAAAACAAACAUUUCUUUUGUACUUUUUUAUAAAAAUCAUUAAAAACAAAAAACAAAAAAUAUUUAUUUUCUUUAACAACAUAAUGUAUUAUUAAUUUAAUUUUAUAUAUUUAAGGCAACAAUUUUAUUUUAUAAAUAAAACCACAUCAUAAAUUAAACAACUGUAUAGUCUAAGUCUAAAGUCAGUCAGUCUUCUUGCAAAUGAACUCUCAUUCUUAAUAAACAAAAAA